GAGAACCUUACAGUCUCCUGGGAAAUAGGCCCCUGGGCUUGCCUGUGUGUAGUUACCUGGGUUUCAUUAGCUGAUGCAUGAAGAUUCAUCAUAACUGGAGACCGCACCAUUCCACUGGCAGGACAUCCUGGAUGGAAGCUGAGAACAGGACAUGAGCAGCAGCCUGGGUCUGCCGGUGUUUCUGACUACAGAAGCAAGAUGACCAGCUGUGCAGGCUCCUGCCACCUUGACCUUCUGCUGAAAAUGAAUACCAGUAUGAAGCAGAAACAGGAAGGAGCCCAAGAAAACCUGAAGAAUAGUCCUGUCCCAAGGAGAACACUGAAGAUGAUUCAGCCUUCUGCGGCUGGAUCUCUUGUUGGCCGAGAAAAUGAGUUGCCAAAAGGCUUGUCCAAAAGGAAGCUUUGGAAUGACCAGUUAACAUCUAAGACUUCAAGCUCUGGUCCAGAAGCUAAUGAAAAUAAAGAUGUUGAAGAUGUUACCCAGGAAGCAUUUGAUCUUAUGAUUAAAGAAAACCCAUCUUCUCAGUAUUGGAAAGAAGUGGCAGAAAAACGGAGAAAAGCUCUCUAUGAAGCACUUAAAGAAAAUGAGAAACUUCAUAAAGAAAUUGAACAAAAGGACAGUGAAAUUGCCCGCCUGAAAAAGGAGAAUGAAGAGUUGGCAGCAGUAGCAGAACACGUACAGUACAUGGCAGAGGUAAUCGAGAGGCUGAGUAAUGAACCUCUGGAUAACUUUGAAUCACCGGAUAGUCAGGAAUUUGAUUCUGAAGAGGAAGCUGUUGAGGAUUCUGAAGUGGAAGGCUCAGGAACUGGCGUGUGUACUGAAGAGACUGUGUCUUCCUCCACGGACACCAAACCAUGUACAUGAGGUGUGAGGCACACUGACAGCGGUGCCCUUCAGUACGUCUUGGUAAAUUAAUUAAACCAGGUUUGAAUCCUGGGGCUCAAACUGCAUUAAAAUACAGAUAGUAUGUAUUUUUAAUCUAUUGUUUUAUGUAAAUAGCAUUUUCAUUUUCUUCUCAGUGUCAGAUGUGACUUGUGUAUAUUAAAUAAAUUUCCAUUUCCUGUUGAA